AUGAUCAGCCAGCAAGAGUUGAUUCUUGCUCAGAGUACUCAGUUAGCCAACCUGCGGAUUGAAGUAGAUGGCCUCCGGGAGUCUCUGCAGUCCAUGUAUAGUGACGUAGAACUGCGGAUUAAUUCCGUGCUAAAGGAAGCACAAGCCUCGGCCUUACGGAGCUUUAUUUCAACACCACAUCCGGCCUGCAUCAAAGAACCGGAUGAGGACUACCAGUAUUGGCUCAUAAUGGCAAACGAACUGAACAAGCUCCGGCUUCAAUUACACCAUUUCAUGGAGGGUACGCGGGUCCAAUUGUACAUUCUUCAUAACGGCAUCAGGGAUCUAGUCCAGGACGAACGACCUAGAGUGGAUCCGUCUCUAGAGCGACUUGUAAACCACUACGGAUUACCAAACUCCAAUCUACCAGACGAUGUAUCACCUUUCAUUUCUGCACCCAUCAUUUCAUCCCCGACAUCAGGUCGACCAACCCAACCAAAUGAUUCACUCAACGGCCACGAUACCCCAAUUGAAACACCUGUGCCAAUUGAAACACGUGUGCCAACUGAAACACGUGUGCCUUGUGACAUUCAUCAGAUGAUUCCGUUGGGUAAUUCGGAUAUUACACCCAGUCCCGCUCAGAAGGUCAUCGGUCAUAAAAAGGUGAGUGAUGUGGAUAGUGAAGAACAAUGUGUCGACUGGGAUGAGCCGCAACAGUCUCCCGCGACGAAAAUUCUAUCGAAGGAUGCCUUCAUCAAAGUUUCCGGCCAGAACAUGAUUCUGUCGAACAUACCCCGGCCUUCUGGUCAACUGGGUGGGGCUGGUGAGCUCCCACCAGACCUUAGGCGUCUUGGUGAUGAAGCGCCGGUGGGUGUAGAAGCUGAAGAACUGGAAUCACCUCCACAGGAAUUACAACCACAACUUCUACAACCCAGAGCAUCUGUAGAACACAGAACACCCGUGCAGUCCGAACAGUUGCUUGUACCAACAACCAUGCGAACAGUUGCUCCGUCAAGUACCUCCCAGUCCGCUACUGCAGUCAUUUUCCCCACAGUAUCACCGAGUCUAAAACAGACUUUCGGUGUUCAAUUGCUUGUAUCAGGAACUGAAGCGAACAGCCAUUUUGAGGACGUGAAUCGAAUUGUUGACGAACUUGGUGACACUGCUGAAUUUGAUGACACUGCAAUGGCUCCCCUGCUACCCACUGAAAGUGCUGUACUCAUCAGGGAUGAGAUUGAGGAGAUUCAAGAGGCACACAAAUUCCAGGCCGAUAGACAUCACGGUGUAUGCAUUGAUGAUAGCGCCAUGUAUGGGAGACCCUUUUGUCCCGAUUAUGAUGAUGCAGAAACCUUUAUACCGACCGCCUUUCCUAUCGAGGCUACUUGCCACGGAUCUCUUUACCCGAGAGGCCCUGAUCCGGGUCGGGGUGAGCACGGGGCCAAGGCAGAGCGCGGUUUGGUGGGAGAGCCUACUGGGGCCGGUAAGGAAGUUUCUGGUAAGGAAGUUUCUGGUAAGGAAAUUCCGGGUAAGGAAAUUCCGGAUAAGGAAAUUCCGGAUAAGGAGGUUCCUGGAAAUGCAGGCUCUGCUGAAGUUUCUGUUAAGGAAGUUUUUGUCCCUGAUAAAGGUGUUUCUGAGAUGGAAGUAUCCGGAAAAGAAGUUUCAUUAAGUGGUAAUCCGUUUGGUAAGAAGCGCCCAUCCCAUGCCGAGGAGCCACGCAGCCCGGCGCCGACGUCCAAGAAGGGUGCGGCGUCUGGCAAAGUGCGGCAGAGAGUUGUGGGUACGUUGUUCGAACAUCGGCCGCCUGUGUUCACCGCACCAAGCAGUUCCCAGUUGACGAGGAGGAUUGAGCCGGGCUCAUUGGACGAGAGACCGGCAACUUUGGCCCAAGCCUUCAUGGUCAGCCCGGCAACUGCAACGGUUGGUCGCCCAGUCACUCCCUCUGUCGGUGCUUAUGACUUAGUGGGCCAAAGUCCAUUAACCCCAAGAGGUGGCAAAAGGAAUAAAUAUCUGGCUGGCGAAGAGUGA